AUGCUUGAAAUUGAAGAACGUGUAUUUACACUUAAUCAUUAUUAUAUGGAUACAGUGAACAAAAUCAAAACUAAAUCUCAAGAAUAUAAUACUAAUCUUGAAUCAUGUGGAACUACGAGAAUUUCAUCGACAUAUACAAUCAAUGAUUUUGAAAUAGAUGUGAGUGGUCUUUCGAAUGAACAUCAAGCAGCAUUAGAUAUUCAAAUAGCUAUAUCAGCUUACUGUCGUGUAGUUGAAAAGCGUAUUGUUGACCAAGUUUCUCAACUUUGUUAUUAUUGGUUUAUUACUCAAUGUGCUCUUGUACUCGAUUCAAAACUGAAUUCGGCAUUUACAUCGGCUAACUUGUUUGAAUGGAUGCGUGAACCAUUCGAUCAACAGCAAAAACGUGAAAAUUUAAAGAAAAGUAUAAAUGCAAUGGAAAAGGCAUUAUUUAUGGGACAGAAUGCAUAA